GCUUCGUGCCCGUGUGCAGCCUGGGCUUGGACCAGGUGGGGCGGCUGAACCUGGGCCAGGACGUGAGCAGCCUGCGCUUCUUCACCAUCUGCGGCCUCCAGGAGGGCUUCGAGCCCUUCGCCAUCAACAUGAAGCGCCCCAUCACCCUCUGGUUCAGCAAGAGCCUGCCCCAGUUCGCCCCCGUGCCCCCCGACCACCCCCAGCUCGAGGUCAGCCCGGAGCGGGACAUGGUGGUCCGGGAGCCCGCAGGGCCUGGGGGACCCCAUGGGACCCCCCGCGCCCAGCCCCGCGCUGAGAACGAGAAGGAUGCGGCCACCGAGAAGGGCAAGCCUCGGAGGGGGUUCCUGUUCAAGGCGAGGAAGACAGCCUUUGCGCCGCCCCCCGCGGUGCCCACUGUUCCCCGCCUCGAGGAGGACGUGGUCCCUGAUGAGCGUGACGACCCCGAGGUCAUCAUGAACACCACCACGUACUACUACUCGGUGCGGAUCUUCGCCGGGCAGGAGCCCACCUGCGUGUGGGUCGGCUGGGUGACCCCCGACUACCACCAGCACGACACCACCUUCGACCUCUCCCGCGUCCGCACCGUCACUGUCACUAUGGGCGAUGACAAGGGCAACGUGCACGACAGCAUCAAACGGAGCAACUGCUACAUGGUCUGGGGAGGGGAGUUUGCCAGCAACACGCAGCAGGCGCGGGUCAGCCACACUGACCUGGUCAUCGGCUGCCUCGUGGACCUGGCCACCGGGCUCAUGACCUUCACGGCCAACGGCAAGGAGAUCAACACCUUCUUCCAGGUGGAGCCCAACACCAAGCUCUUCCCGGCCGUCUUCGCCCUCCCCACCAGCCAGAACGUCAUCCAGUUCGAGUUGGGCAAGCUCAAGAACAUCAUGCCCAUCUCAGCCGCCAUGUUCUACAGCGAGCGCAAGAACCCGGAGCCGCAGUGUCCGCCGCGGCUCGUCAUCCAGCUCCUGACGCCGGUCACCUGGAGCCGGAUGCCCAACGAGUUCCUGGCCGUGGACAUGGCCCGCGUCAGUGAGCGCCACGGCUGGAUGGUGGAGUGCGCCGACCCCCUCGUCAUGAUGGCCCUGCACAUCCCUGAGGAGAACAGGUCAGGACCCCCCGCCCCCUUCCUGUGCCCAGAGGACCCAGAUAUCAACAUGAUGCUGCAGUACAAGGCGGGGGCGGACGAGGAGGAGUGCCCAGUGCCCGAGGACAUCCGCGACGAGCUCCUCGACUUCCACAACGACCUGCUGGCGCACUGCGGCAUCGAGCUGGCCGGCGAGGAGGAGGAGGAGGAGGAAGACGCGUCCCUGCGGCACCGGCUCAUGGGCCUGGUGCAGAAGGAGAUCCGCUUCCCCAAGAUGGUCACCAACUGCUGCCGCUUCCUCUGCUACUUCUGCCGCAUCAGCCGCCAGAACCAGCGCUCCAUGUUCGACCACCUCGGCUACCUCCUGGAGAACAGCAGCAUCGGCCUGGGUGGUGAUGUACCUGGCGAGCUGCGGGCUGCAGAGCUGCCCCAUGCUGCUCUCCAAGUCCCCAAGGGCUCCCCCGACAUCGUUUGGAACCCCUGCGGCGGCGAGCGCUACCUCGACUUCCUCCGCUUCGCCGUCUUCGUCAACGGUGAGCGGGACCCCCCGCGGGACCCUGGCCUGGCACCCUGGGGGCCCCUGCACCCCUACCCUGAUGCCCAAAGGUUCGGUGCUGAGGAGACGCACGAGGAGAACCGGGUGCACCUGGGCAACGCCAUCAUGUCCUUCUACGCCGCCCUCAUCGACCUGCUGGGCCGCUGCGCCCCGGAGAUGCAUGGCGCCUUCCUGCCCGACAUGCGGGCGGCUGCCUCGCUGGACACGGUGAGUCCCGAGGUGCUGGGGGGGGACCCAGGGGAUGCCCGUGUUCGGGCACGUGUGGGGCGGCUGAACCGCGUCCGUUGCCUGGCGGUGCUGCCCCUCAUCACCAAGUGCGCCCCGCUCUUCGCCGGCACCGAGCACCGGGCCAUCAUGGUGGACUCCAUGCUGCACACCAUCUACCGCCUCUCCCGCGGGCGCUCGCUCACCAAGGCCCAGCGCGAUGUCAUUGAGGAGUGCCUCAUGGCCCUGUGCCGGUACAUCCGUCCCUCCAUGCUGCAGCACCUUCUGCGCCGGCUGGUCUUCGACGUCCCCAUCCUCAACGAGUUCGCCAAGAUGCCCCUCAAGGACAAGGAGAUCUACCGGUGGCCCAUCAAGGAGUCGCUGAAGGCCAUGCUAGCCUGGGAGUGGAUGGGGGAGAAAGCCCGCGAGGGCGAGGAGGACAAGGCAGAGAAGAAGAAGACCCGCAAGAUCUCCCAGUCUGCCCAGGGUGGGUAG